UUGAACGAGGUGGACGAAAGCAUUUAAUGGUUGAAAUUUUAAUACGAGGGAAAAAUGAAACUAUUUCUUAGAAAAGCUAUUUCAUUAUUUUGUGUUUUGUGCGUAAUCACGGAAAUCAGAGGUGAAUAUGUAUCGUGUAUGACCCCAAGUGGGCAUAAAGGCAACUGCAUACCACUAAGUGGUUGUCCAAGUCUAAGCAGACUCGCCAAUAACGCGCGUCGAACAUCGGAACAAACUGAUUACCUACAGAACAGUCUAUGCGGACCGUUCAGCAACAAUCCCUUUGUAUGUUGUCCACUGCAGAAACCACCGCCAUUGAGAUCAAUCGAAACGUUGCCAGAAAUCGAAAGUCUCUGCCUGACACCCAACGGCAAAACUGGAAAAUGUGUACUCUUAAAGAGCUGCGGAGUCUUACUGGAUCUUCUUAGAAAAACAAACCUUACAAAGUCGCAGAAGUCACUCCUGAAGAACAGUAAAUGUGGAAAUGCUAAUGGAAAAGUUUUGGUAUGUUGUCCCGAAACUGAGUCGACGACACAAACGGUGCACCAAAAAACAGUAACAACAACAGCACCACAGCACGACACAGCUAUAACAGCACACCCUAAAACAAUAUCAAAACCAACAGUACAUAUAGCCAUGAGCCCAAUGGGAAACGAGCCUUGUCGUACACCGGAUCACAAACUUGGCGUUUGUAUAGAGAUCGAAAAAUGCCCUCCUUUGAAAAAAAUCAUUCUAAAAGACGCAAUUACGAAAACCGAAUACAAUUUGUUAAUGAACAGCAAAUGCGGUGAAUAUGGCAGUCCAAAGAUAUGUUGUUCGCGGCAAAAUGACGCUCCGUCAGCGCCUGCUAAAAUGUUAACUCGAAAUAUUGUCUUCCCCGGCAGUGAGUGCAGUGCUGCUAACGGCAUGCCUGGUAUAUGCAAAAUGUCUAGAGACUGCCCAAAUGCGAAUGAGUUCGAACAGAAUGAUCAAUGCGGUUAUUUAGGUGCCGGUUCACAAAUAUGUUGUCCAAUAAAUAUGCUUGAAAACGAUUUAAAUUUUCCCACAACAACACAAAUAAGCCGUAUGACAAUAAACACUACACCCUUGGCAGAAGUUUCUUGUCGCACACCGGUCAACAAACCUGGUAAAUGUAUAUCCAUAAAAAGAUGCAGUACCUUGCUCGAAAUUGUUAUGAAACCCGGCAGAAUGCCUAUAGAAACUAUGUUCCUGCAGCAGAGUCAAUGUGGAUAUGAUAGUGGAGAGUAUAUGGUGUGUUGCCCUGAAACUAAGUCGACAACACCAACUGCACCCACAAUUGUUACAACACAAACAACAACAACGCAAACAACAACAGCACCAACAAUUGUUACAGAGAGCUCGUUUACCUCAACAUUCGCGCCUUAUAUCGAACCACCAAAAGAAAAUACCAACAUUUGGACGAAUGAACCAGGAUGUGGAACAGCACCUUUACAACCCCGAAUUUAUGGCGGAAAUGCUGUUCAUAUUGAUGAGUACGCUUGGGCAGCGAGGAUACUUUACGUCGACUCGGACAACAACAACGACAUAUUUUGCGGUGGAUCUCUUAUCAAUCAAAAUUACGUAUUGACUGCAGCACAUUGUGUGGUUAUGCCUGAAGAGAAAGACGAUUGGUAUGUAAAAGGAGUUCGUUUAGGCGAAUGGAAUACUACAGCGAAAAAGGAUUGUGAAUAUUUUUCCGAAAACUACGAACUUUGUGCACCUCUACCAGUGGACAUAAACAUCUUCGAGUACAUAGUUCAUCCGAUGUAUAAUAAAAAAAAAUUUAACUACGAUAUAGCUCUGUUAAAGCUAGAAGAGAGCGUAACUUACACGGACUUUGUAAAACCGAUAUGCCUACCAUUGCUGCCGGCAGAUCAACAGACGGCUCAUUAUGAAAAUAUGUCUGUGGAAGUCGUUGGUUGGGGUAAGACAGAAACCGGAGAGCACAGUGAAAUUAAAUUGAAAGCACAUUUAAAAGUUAAGGAUAUCAAUAAAUGUGGCUUACGAAGAGGAGCAACAGAAAAUCAAAUAUGCGCCAAGGGUGAGAUAGGUACCGAUAGCUGUAACGGCGACUCAGGCGGACCUCUCAUGCUUUGGCAAGAGACCGCUUAUUAUUUGAUUGGCUUGAUAUCAUUCGGUUCAGGCGGUCAAUGUGGUGAUGUCCAAACUAACGGUAUUUACAUGCGUGUCGUGAAUUUUAUAGAUUGGAUUGCUGCGAAUACACAAAAUUCUUGAUAGCAACAAUUAAGCAACAUUUUAAAGAAUUGCUUAUUUAUUAUUACGCUACUCAUAUCUAAUACUAUAAUAAAGCAUGUUCUUUUUACUAAUAAAACUCCGAAGG